CGCUGGCUCCGCCUUCCGCGGCGCUGUGCUCCCGCGGGCCUGAGGAGCAGGAGUGGCAUAUCCGAAAAGUGGAUGUUCAGGAUAACAUGUCCAAUGUGUCGGAAGAGAGAAGCACUAGACAACAGGACAUUAAGAAAGGACUCCAGUUUAUAGAAUCUACUUUGCCCUAUCCAGGGACGCAAGAACAAUAUGAGUUAUUUAUACGAGAGCUUGUUAGAAAUCUUUUUAAUGAAGGGAAUGAUGUAUAUCGCGAAGGUGAUUGGAGAGGAUCACUGAGCCACUAUACAGAAGCUAUAAACAUAGCUGAUUAUGCUAAUUCUGAAGAAAUCCAUGUUUCUGAUGAUAUUUUAGAGAAGCUGCAUGUGAACAGGAUAGCAUGUUUUUCAAAUAUGGGAUUGCAUGAAAAAGUUCUAGAAGACUGUGAGAUAGCAUUAAGAUUGAAUGAAAACAAUUUCAGAGCUCUCUAUCGGAAGGCAAAAGCUUUGAACGAACUGGGAAGGUAUAAGAAGGCUUAUGAUGCUGUAGCAAAAUGUUCUCUUGCUGUGCCGCAGGAUGAAAGUGUGAUUAAGCUGACUCAAGAACUAGCUCAAAAACUAGGGUUAAAAAUAAGGAAAGCAUAUGUAAGAGCAAAGCCACCCUCAAAUUCGGUUUCUAGCGAUGUAUCAACUCAGAAUUCUUCUGUAGAAGAUAUUGAGUUAGAUUUAUCUGACCAGAAGCAAGAGAUGGUUUCUGCUGCUUCUUCAUCAAACUUUGUUUCUGAAGUGUCUAAAGUGUCAUCAGUACCUGUACCAUCUUUAUCUUCUGUUAUGCCUCUUCAAGUGGAAAAGGUGUCUUUGCCUUCUGCAGUGCUGGCAAAUGGAGGGAAUGUUUCUUUCUCUAUGCCAGAAGCAUGUUUAGAUUGUGGAGAUGGAGAUAUAAUUAUUGGGGAAGAACUUGAUGAAUUACUUGAUUCUGUGCCUGAUCCAGAUGAAAGUGUAAUGCAAACUACAGGAGCCAGAGGACCUAUUCCUGCAGGAAGUGUAGCUCCUAGUGUACCUUUCUCUGCCUCUUUGUUGGGGACACUGCCAGUUAGUGCAGGAUUUGUUCCUUCACCUUCUCUUUCAGAAAUCUUUUCACAGCCUUUGGCUUCUUCACUGGAAAAUUUUUGUUCACCAUUAAGCACCUUUUCAAUCAGUGACCCAAAAAGAGACCUCUCAAGUUCAGCUUCUAGAGAUGGAACACCAACACUUAGCAGCAAUAAUUCCCCAUUGUUUAUAAAUGGCCCUAGUAGUUUGUUUGGGUCUGAAAAUUACAUGGGAAUUGCAGGCCAAACUAGAAAUGACUUUUCAAAUGUUUUUAGCAGUGCAACUGCUAAUAUACCUGUAUCUUCAGCACUUGUGGGAAGAAACCCAUUAGAAGGCACACAUGAGCUAAGACAGGCCUGCCAGUUAUGUUUUGUCAAAAAAGGUCCUAAAUUAUUGGAUUAUGCUUACCAUCCCAGUUUAGAACAUAAAUGUAAGAAGGAUAUUCUAAUUGGCAGAAUAAAAAACUCUGAAGAUAAAUCAUGGAAAAAAAUACGUCCAAGACCAACAAAGACACAGUAUGUGGGACCAUAUUAUAUAUGUAAAGAUGUUGCUGCUGAAGAGGAAUGCAGAUAUCCAGGUCAUUGCACGUUUGCAUAUUGCCAAGAGGAGAUUGAUGUGUGGACACUGGAGCGCAAAGGAGCCUUUAGUCGAGAAGCUCUUUUUGGAGGAAAUGGAAAGAUCAACUUGACUGUGUCCCGACUUCUUCAAGAACAUCAUGGAUUAUUUAUGUUUCUUUGUGAGAAAUGUUUUGAUCACAAACCCAGAAUAAUAAGCAAAAGGAACAAGGAUAACUCAUCUUCUUGUUCUCACCCUGCUAUGCAUGACUUUGAAGAUAACAAGUGCCUUGUCCACAUUUUGCGAGAAACUAUGGUGAAAUAUUCCAAAAUCCGCCCUUUUCAAGUUCGAUGUCAGCUUGACCUGUGCAGACAUGAGGUGCAUUAUGGCUGCUUACGAGAGGAUAAAUGCUUUUAUGCUCACAGUCUGGUAGAGCUUAAAGUCUGGAUAAUGCAAAAGGAAACAGGUAUUUCACAUGAUACUAUUGUUCAAGAAUCAAAGAAAUACUGGCAGAACAUGGAAGCUAGUGCACAUGGAUCACAGAUCCUUGGGAACCAAAUGAAAUAUGGAUCACUUAAUUUGAAGAUGAAGUUUGUUUGUGGUCAGUGCUGGAGAAAUGGUCAAGUUAAUGAGCCAGACAGAAACAAAAAAUACUGUAGUGCAAAGGCAAGACACCCAUGGACCAAAGAUCGCCGUGUGGUGCUAGUUAUGUCUAAUGAACGUAAGAAGUGGAUGACCAUUCGUCCUCUUCCCGCAAAGAAACAAGUGCCUCUGCAAUUUGAUUUGUGCAAUCAUAUUGCUUCAGGCAAGAAAUGUCAGUAUGAUGGAAACUGCUCGUUUGCUCACAGUCCUGAGGAGAGAGAGAUGUGGACCUAUAUGAAGGAGAACAGCAUUCAAGACUUGGAGCAGUUGUAUGACAUAUGGCUAAAAAGUCAAAAACCAGAAAAAGGAGAUGAUACAGCUGCUCAGGCAAACAAAGAAAAUGGGAAGCAAAUUCACAUGCCAACUGACUAUGCUGAAGUUACAGUGGAUUUUCACUGUUGGAUGUGUGGGAAGAACUGUAAUAGUGAGAAGCAAUGGCAGGGUCACAUUUCUUCUGAAAAGCAUAAAGAGAAGGUUUUCCACACUGAGGAUGAUCAAAACUGCUGGCAGUAUCGCUUUCCAACCGGAUAUUUUAGCAUUUGUGAUAGAUACAUGGCUGGUACUUGCACUGAAGGAAACAACUGUAAAUUUGCCCAUGGAAAUGCUGAACUCCAUGAGUGGGAAGAACGAAGACAAGUUUUAAGAAUGAAGCUCAGCAAAGCAAGAAAAGACCACUUGAUUGCUCCCAGUGAUAAUGACUUUGGAAAAUAUAGUUUUUUGUUUAAAGAUUUAAACUAAUACUGAGAUGAUACAUACAUGUUAUCAGCUGGAAGCAUAAACCAGAAAACUUGACAAUAAUCAAAAGCAUGUGACAGAAAAGCUGCAGGUUUUCUGCUUUUAUUGGCAUAUAUUGUUCCUCCUGAACAGCAAAAUAUAGUAGAUUUAGGGGGAUUGAGCAGACCUGUCUAUGCUCUCAUGAAACAGAGUGGUGAUUAAAAAAAUCUGAAGUAUUACGUGCUUACUCACCUUCUGUUGGACAGAAAGUUAGGAAAUAGAAGGGGGAGAAGAGAGGUUAUAAUAUCUAGGAAGCCCCCUUGUAUCAGUCCUUCAGUUGAAAAACUUUAAGGUAUCAAGGUAUUACAAAAGAGUGUUACGGGCUAAGAAGAAAAUGAUGGAUGAAAAUUCUUCAGAUCUUUUAAUGGAGAGGAUUUGUUUAAAACAAAGUUUGCUACUUAUCUAUAUGUAGGUUGCUAAAAAGGAUUUUCUUAUUAAAGAUUUUAAACAAAAUAACCAUUUAACUACAAUAUAUGUUGAAUGGGUAUUUUUUCUCUAUUUGUAUGUUUCAAUAUAAUUUACUGAAAAAGGAUCUUGGGAGGAAAAAAACGUAUUAAUUUUUGAAAAUGAAGUAGUUAAAAUUCUGUUUCUUGGUCUUUGCUGUUUAAAUGAUGAUUUUGAAAGAUUACACUUGUAUGUCAGUAUUGUGUAUUAUUGUAUGGACUAAUGUUGCCUGUAAUAAAGAGAACUUUACACAAAGCUGUUUUCUGCAUGUAGCCUCUCAGGACUGAGAUUUUGUAAAAACAAACAAACAAACGAUGAUUUGCCUAUUAGCAAAAGCUUGAGCACCUGUAGCUAAAAAUUUAAUAAGUUGGUAUUUGUGUCUCCAGCUGCUUGUUUGCAGUUUUCUGUAUUGUCAUUAGCUCAUCGUAUCACUACAAUAACAAAAAUGGCCAACUCACUUGCAAAGUAGAUAAGCACUUUGGAGCUACACGGUGCUGGGAUAUGUUUUCGGCUUUUUGACUUGGGCAUGAACCACCACCUCAGCUGCAAGGUGGAUAGUACUUCAAAUUGCACAUUUCCUGCAGACCACGGAAAUGGAAAACCAUUCAUGGGCUGAGGUGACUUCUGACUGAUGAGCCUAUUGGCUUUACAGUUGCUGGAGCUUCUGUUGUGUUUUGGCAUCUCUGCAGAUCGUGCUGUCAGCUUUGUGUGUUCACUUAAUUAUCUUUUUUUUUUUUUUUAAACUAAGGUUCUUUCAGUCAUUCAUUCAAACUAGCUAAAACUAGGUUUCUUUUUUUUCCCCAUGACUUACUUUACCCUCCUGUCAAGAGUAUUUUUCUCUGUUAUUGGCUGACCUUAUGUAAUUAGAAGAGCUUUAAGAAUGA